UACAUUCCACACUUCAAUGAAUGGAGUCGCGUUCUUUUUAUUGUUAUUAUUUAUGUAGGUUGGGUCAAGGGAGAGGAAUUUGACAUUCAAUGGGGCGUACCUCCACGAUGAGCAUCAAUAUCAAGUGAGCUUCAUGAGCCCACAUAGCUGUUUGAUUUUGUUUUAUCAUACCCAGGUAACUCAAACAAAUUUAAUAUGAAUGUGGAAGAAAACAGAUUACGCACAUUCCAAAACUGGCCUGCCAAUGCUGCUGUGGAUCCUCAGCGAAUCGCCAAGGCAGGAUUUUACUGCACUGGCAAUGGGUUAGAAGUUCAGUGUUUUUGUUGCGGUGGGCAGAUAGAGGAUUGGAACUAUGGCGAUCAGGUGAUGGCCAGGCAUCGAAGACUUAGUCCAGCAUGUCCUUUUGUCAGCAAUCCCUCUUCUUCUGGGAAUGUACCACUAUGUGGAGCUCCCAGAGAAAUUCCAACCAACUCCUUUCCCUCUCCAACAUCACAGUCUAGGUCCAGUGGAUCCUCUACACGCCACAAUGCUGCCCAUUUGGGCAUGUGGGAUCAAACGACAAUGUUCCGGAGUGAAGCAACUAGGCUUGAGACUUUUUCAAGCUGGCCUGUACCUGAUAUUGUUACUCCAGAACAGUUAGCCAAAGCAGGAUUUUACUAUCAAGGGACUGGAGACAAAGUCAAAUGUGCUUUUUGCUCUGGCGUUGUUGGAUUUUGGGAAGCAGGAGAUGAUCCCGAAAAAGAGCAUAGACGUCAUUUUCCAUCUUGUCCAUUCUUGUACAAUAUUCCUGUGGGCAAUAUACCAAUCAAUGCAGAAGCAGGUGAUCCCUGUUCUCAACUUGGAGUGCGAGAUCUCAAUACUGACGCCACUGAUCCAAAACUGGCCAUGAAAGAACUUGGAAUUCAGAGCCACCAUGGCCCCCGGAACCCAUCGUAUGCCACUGUAGAAUCUCGCUUAAGGACUUUUGAAAAUUGGCCCUCAGAUGUGACUCAAAAACCUGAUGAAUUGGCUGCAGCUGGAUUUUACUACACUGGAAAUGGAGAUCAAGUUAGAUGCUUCCAUUGUGAUGGUGGUCUAAGACUGUGGGAUCCAUCUGAUGACCCCUGGAUGGAGCAUGCUCGAUGGUUCAACACAUGUGGCUAUGUAACACUUGUGAAAGGAGAGCAGUUUGUAAAGCAAGCAAUUGUCCAGCACAGUCCGUCAGCUUUCACUCAAACGAUGUUGGAUUCAAGCCUUCCUUCAACACCCCAAAGGAGACCUCAACCUAAUAAACAUCCAGUUACAGAUCGUGACCUCCAAAGAUUGAUGACCUCUGAGUCUGUGAUGGCUGCUUUAGGGACAGGUCUUGAUAUAACUCGUAUUAAAACUGCUCUCCGCCAGAAGCUAGAACAGACAGGCUUACCAUUUUCAACAGCAGAUGCCUUAAUUGAGGCUGCCCUUGAUGUCCAAACUGAGGAAUUUGCAGAUCAAGACUUGAGAAUGGACUUACCGUCCUCAACUAGGACUUUCCAACGAUCAACCCAGUGGCGCCAGAAUGUUCAAAAUGACGCAGAUGGUGAGGAUGACCACCAAUGGGAAACUGAAACAGAAGAGGAAGGAGAUGAGGAAGUGGAUUCUGAACCAGAAAGAAACAAUGGACUUCAAAGGACUAAUCAACAAGUCAACAACCACAAUGAGGGAGGUGCAGAAGGAGAAGAAGAUUCCACUAUUACUCACGAUCUCCAAAAUUGUUCGUUGCAAGGGUCUGUGGGUGUUGCUUGUAACGCCAUGUCGCAGUCAAUGCCCAGCUUAGCUGCAUCGAUGAAUUCCAAGACAGGGGAGAAGAAUGGUUCGUGCAGACAGAGUCUUCCACUUCUUCCUUCAAUGGAGGAAGAUCUUUUAUGCCUUGACAAAAAAGUGUCUUUGGAAGAAGAAAACAGGCGUUUAAAAGAAGCAAGACAGUGCAAAAUUUGCAUGGACUCAGAAGCUUGUGUGGUAUUUCUUCCAUGUGGCCACUUGGUUACUUGUGUUAACUGUGCCCCCUCAUUAAGUGAUUGUCCUAUUUGUCGCCAACCAAUCAAAGCAACUGUUCGGACUUUCCUGUCAUAAUUUUAUGGCGGUGAUUUAAACUGCUCCAAUAAUGGUUAUCUUCUUAAAAGAAAAAGAGAAUGUACAGGGUGUUGAUAUUUAUUUUCUUGACUGUGUCCUUUGUAUAUUGUAGUUGACCUUGCUUUCUAGUCCCACCUCAUGUUCACUUUGUAAAAUUUCAUUUUAAUUGUUUAACGCUUAUUAUGAGGUAGAUGUAAUGUAAAGGUAAUGCUUUGCUACUUUAGACAUCACAUUUUUGUAAGUCUGUUAGAGUGAAUCUAUGGAUUAAUCACUUCGUUAUGUAUAGUCUUCCAAUUUAAGGGGCUGCUUCAUUUUAUGAAUCCGUACUUCCAUGUUCUAGUGGUAUAUAUUUGUUUUAUUGUUUAUACCUAUCAAGGCAGGUUGAUUGCUGUUUGUCUUUUCUUCACAGCAGUGGCACUGACAAUUGUGAUGUAAAGAGAAAAGUUUAGCAUAUAACUCAAGAGGUUAAAUACCAGAAAGUCAUUCAAAAGCCUUAACACGUAGGUUUUCUUAUGUGAUAAAAUUUACUCCUGCGUGCAUCUGUAGUGAUGUACUAGCAUUGAAGUAAAGCAUGAUUAUGCUUUUUGACUGUUUUUUAUAUUUCUGCUUUUAAAUAUUCUCUUUCUUGCUUCCUCAAGUGCAACUUAAACUUUAACAUAUCAAAAUUAUCAUUUGACAAUACACUUUAGGGUAGGUAGCAGUAGGUAGUGCAUCAGAUUAGCCAAAUCUAACUUCAUGUGUGCAAUCCAUCUCCAAAAAGUCUUUUGAAAUUUAUACUAUAAGUACAAUUGGGUUUGAGAUAACUGUAUAGAAAUGAGAAUUGCAAAUCUGAAUCUAUUUUAUGUAAUCUCUGUACAGUAAACUAAGAGAAAACUGGACUGACUUGGAUUGUUUGUUUGUUUUUUAGAGUAUACAAUUGUAGUUAGUGCACCGAUGAAUAGAUAAAGCAUAAUAUAUUCAUUUAAAUUAACUUAUUACUAAGUGUAGUUAAAUUUUCCCUUUGUUGUUUUAUAAUUUGAAAUGAUGUCUUCUUAGUAUGAUGCUGUGCAUGGGCUUUUUUUUUCAUUUAGGUUUUAAGAACCUAUACUCCUUUUUAAUUUAUUGUAUGAGCGAGUGUGUAUGUGUUGUGAUGUAAAGAUAAGGAUAGGAGAUGCCUUGUGUGGUGUAUUUUAUGUGGGCCCUUAGCUUUGUCUUCCUGUGGUUGGGUACAAAAUAAUUUAUUUAUGGAUGUAGUCAAGUGCUUAGGUUUAAAAUCAGCAAGGCACUAUUUUCUUUCUUCUUCUUUUUUUAAAAUUGUACUACUCAUGGAACAUUGUGUCAUGAGCAGUUGUUACCUAUGUGCACCAAGUGUACAGAACUAUGUAUUCCGCAAGCCGUAUUUUACUGCAUCAUUGAACUUGAUUAUUUAAGCAAUGAAAAAGAGAAUAAUUGGAAAGUUGACUUAAAAAUUGGUAAUGUACUUGUUGUUUCAGAGAACUAAUCUUUGGAAUGAAACUGAGUAAGGAAUGCAUUUAGAAAGACCCAUAGAUGCUGUAUUUAUUUGGCGAAAUGACCAAAGAAAUAUCUUAUGCCAUUGGAACUGUCCAUGUCAGCUUCUUUUUAUGUGUGUGUGUGCGUGUGUGUUUGUUUAUUUUGUUUUGUGAUUUUUUUUUUUCUCAAGGCUGGGAGAAGUGAGUGACAUGGCGUUGCAUCCUUGGGAACCACUCUAAAUGUUAUUCGUUAUGAUUUGUGUAAUAUGCUGGGACUUUGGUUCAGUGGUUGAGAUCUGUAACGUACAUUUAAUUUAUUUUUCAGAUACCAAAGUUUUACUUGUAAUACAUUUUUAUGCAGAACUUUA